GCAGCGCGCGCGGCGGGCUGCAGAGACCUGUCUCUUUAAGUUGGUGUCAAAGCCGAUUAUCACUGAUCUCCGUCGUGAUUCUGUUUCCCCCGUCUGUUCCUUCAGUCUAUUCUGGUUCCCGCGCUGCUGACGGGACCGUUGAGCUUCCCCCGUUUUCGGCACGAGCGCGCGGAGACUCCUCGGUAAAGUUUGGAGAGGAUGGAGAGGAGCUGAGGUCUGGGUUUCCUGCGACUCUGCUUCCUCUCAGUAAAGCCCGGGGUGAUGCGUCCUGCGCCGCGGACUCUCCAACUCUUCCUCCCAGGGUAAGCCUGGAUUACCUCCUCUAGUAUCUCUCCUCUGGUAUCCCUCCUCUGGAUCACCUCCACUGGUAUCCCUCUUCUGGUCUGGUAUCCCUCCUCUAGAUAACCUCCUCUGGUAGCCCUCCUCUGGUGUCCCUGCUCUGGUAUCCCUCCUCUGGUAUCCCUCCUCUGGUAUCCCUCCACUGGUGUCCCUCCUCUGGUAGCCCUCCUCCGGUAUCCCCUCCUCUGGUAUCCCUCCUCUGGAUCACCUCCUCUGGUAUCCCUCCUCUGGUCUGGUAUCCCUCCUCUGGUCUGGUAUCCCUCCUCUGGUAGCCCUCCUCUGGUCUGGUAUCCCUCCUCUGGUAGCCCUCCUCUGGUCUGGUAUCCCUCCUCUGGUAGCCCUCCUCUGGUAUCCGUCCUCUGGAUCACCUCCUCUGGUAGCCCUCCUCUGGUCUGGUAUCCCUCCUCUGGUCUGGUAUCCCUCCUCUGGAUCACUUCCUCUGGAUCACCUCCUCUGGUAUCCCUCCGCUCACAGCCUGCUCCGGGAUGUGGUCUGACGCCUCGGUGAGAGUCUGAAGUUGGCCCCAGAAUCCAAACGAGGUCGUAAAAUGCAGAAGGGCGUGCGCUACAAUGAGGGCCACGCGCUGUACCUGUCUGUGGUGGCGCGCAAAGAGGGCACGAAGCGCGGGUUCCUGAGUAAGAAGACUACGGAGACCAGCCGCUGGACCGAGAAGUUCUUCGCUCUGUACCAGAACGUGCUCUUCUACUUCGACAACGACCAGAGCGCGAGACCCACCGGGAUCUACCUGCUGGAGGGAUGCACGUGCGAGCGCGCGCCGGCGCCCAAAGUGUCCGCCAUCAGCAGGGAGCCCAUGGAGAAGCAGCAGCACUACUUCCUGGUUGUGUUUGGCCACGAUGGACAGAAACCUCUGGAGCUGCGGACGGAGGAGGAGCCAGACUGUAACGAGUGGGUGGAGUACAUCCAACAGGCCAGUUACUCCGACAUCAUCAUCGAGCGUGAGAUCCUGAUGCAGAAGUAUAUCCACCUGGUGCAGAUCAUGGAGACGGAGAAAAUUGCAGCCAAUCAGCUGCGCACUCAGCUGGAGGACCAGGACACGGAGAUCGAGCGGCUUAAAGCAGAGAUCGUAGUGCUGAACAAAGCCAAGGAAAGGCUGCAGCCUCACCAGAGCAACCAAGAGGAGGAAGACCCUGACAUUAAAAAGAUUAAGAAGGUUCAAAGCUUCAUGCGCGGCUGGCUCUGCAGGAGGAAGUGGAAGAUCAUCGUCCAGGACUACAUCUGCUCCCCUCACGCCGAGAGCAUGAGGAAGAGGAACCAGAUCGUCUUCAACAUGGUGGAGGCGGAGACGGAGUACGUGCACCAGCUCUCCAUCCUGGUGAACUGCUUCCUGCGGCCGCUCCGCAUGGCUGCCAGCUCCAAGAAACCUCCCAUCAGCCACGACGACGUCAGCACUAUCUUCCUCAACAGUGAGACCAUCAUGUUCCUCCACGAGAUCUUCCAUCAAGGGCUGAAAGCUCGGAUCGCCAACUGGCCCACACUUGUCCUGGCGGACCUGUUCGACAUCCUGCUCCCCAUGCUGAACAUCUACCAGGAGUUUGUGAGGAACCACCAGUACAGUCUGCAGGUUCUGGCAAACUGCAAACAGAACCGAGACUUCGACAAGCUGCUCAAACAGUACGAGUCCAACGCUGCCUGUGAGGGCCGCAUGCUGGAGACCUUCCUCACCUACCCCAUGUUCCAGAUUCCUCGUUACAUCAUCACCCUCCACGAGCUGCUGGCUCACACGCCUCACGAACAUGUGGAGAGGAAGAGUCUGGAGUUUGCCAAAUCUAAGCUGGAGGAGCUGUCGAAGAUGAUGCACGAUGAAGUGAGCGACACAGAGAACAUCAGGAAGAACCUCGCCAUAGAGCGGAUGAUCGUGGAAGGCUGUGACAUCCUGUUGGACACCAGUCAGACCUUCGUGAGACAAGGCUCUCUGAUCCAGCUGCCGUCCAGCAGCGAGCGAGGCGUGCUCAGUAAGGUCCGGCUGGGCGCUCUCUCUCUGAGGAAGGAGGGCGAGCGGCAGUGUUUCCUGUUCACCAAACACUUCCUCAUCUGCACACGGACGUCUGGAGGGAAGCUUCACCUGCUUAAGCAAGGAGGAACGUUGUCCCUGAUCGAGUGCACUCUGAUUGAAGAGGUGGAUAUCAGCGACGAGGACUACAACGCAGCAGGUCAGGGCUUCAACCACCUGCAGUUCAAGAUUGUUGUGGAGUCUCCAGACGGUCAGUCCUUCGCUGUGGUCCUCCUGGCUCCGUCUCGACAGGAGAAAGCAGCCUGGACCAGUGACAUCAGCCAGUGCAUCGACAACAUCCGCUGUAACGGCCUGAUGACCAGCGUGUUCGAGGAGAACUCCAAAGUCUCCGUGCCGCACAUGAUCAAGUCUGACGCCCGGCUGCACAAAGACGACGUCGACAUUUGCUUCAGCAAGACGCUCAACUCCUGUAAGGUCCCUCAGAUCCGAUACGCCAGCGUGGAGCGGCUCCUGGAGCGGCUCACGGACCUGAGGUUCCUCUCCAUAGACUUCCUGAACACCUUCCUCCACACGUACCGGAUCUUCACCACGGCCGCCGUGGUCAUUGACAAGCUGGCGGACAUCUACAAGAAGCCCUUCACCUCCAUACCUGUCAGGGUCGAGCAGCAUUCAUGUGACCGUCUGUCCAUCAUGUCCCUCUGUCCCGACUACAGUCUGAAGAUCACACAGCUGGCUCUGGACCAGUCCAAGUCUCUGGAGCUCUUCUUCGCCACCAACCAGGGCUCGUGGGCCACCGACCCGCUGAGCAACAAGUCUCCUCGCCUGUGCCGCAAGUUCUCCUCUCCUCCUCCCCUCACCAUCCCCCCUCGCACCUCCUCCCCCGUCCACUCCCGGAAGCUCUCCCUCAGCUCCCCUAUAAAAUCAGGAGUCAUGGACCUCUCCCUCUCCCCCUCCUCCUCGGCAGCCAACUCCCCCACCUCCACCCACAGCCCGUCCAUCUCCUCUCCUCCGCCCGGCUCCACCAGGCCCCCUUCUGGCUUCUCCUCCCCUCCGCCCACCGCCAAACGCUCCCCCAGCCUCCCACAGGCCUCUGGGGUGUCCUCGCCGCCCCCCAUCCUCACCAAGGCCCCUCUGGACCUGAGCCGCGGUCCCAGCUCCCCCGAGCUGAGCCCCGCCGCGGGGGACGACGUCAGCGGGGAGCUGCCUCGCCUCGACGCCUUCUGUGGGAAGCUGAGGCGAAGCAUCCGCAGGGCCGUCCUGGAGUCCGUCUCUCUGGACAAGUUCCUCCCCGAGUCUCCAUCCAGCACCGAGCCAGGCGACCUGUCUCCGUGCCGCUCUCCUUCGACGCCGAGACACCUCCGCUACAGAACAUCAGGAGUGACUGCCGGGGAGACUUCUCGCUGCACGAUGUCGCCUGCUUCGGCGUUCGCGAUCGCCACAGCUGCUGCCAGCCACAGCACCUCGCAGGGUUUUAAUAACUCUGAGAAAGUCUGUGACAAAGAGUUCAUCAUCCGCAGAGCGGCGACCAACAGAGUCCUCAACGUGCUGAGACACUGGGUCUCUAAACACUCACAGGACUUUGAAAUGAACAGCGACCUGAAGAUGGGAGUCAUGUGUCUCCUGGAGGAGGUGCUGCGAGAUCCAGACCUGCUGCCCCAGGAGAGGAAAGCUACGUCCAACAUAUUAAGUGCACUUUCUCAAGACGAACAAGACGACGCUCAGCUGAAGAUCGAGGACAUCUUACAGAUGGCGGAGAGUCCGAAGCCCGAGUGUUUCGAGUCUCUGUCGGCGAUGGAGCUGGCGGAACAGAUCACGCUGCUGGAUCACAUCGUGUUCAGGAGUAUUCCCUACGAGGAGUUCCUGGGUCAGGGCUGGAUGAAGGUGGAUAAGACAGAGAGGACUCCAUACAUCAUGAAGACCAGCCAACAUUUUAACGAUAUGAGUAACCUGGUGGCGUCUCAGAUCAUGACUCACACCGACGUGGGCUCCAGAGCGAGCUCCAUAGAGAAGUGGUUAGCCGUGGCUGAUAUCUGUCGCUGCCUCAACAACUACAACGGCGUGCUGGAGAUCACCUCCGCCCUCAACCGCAGCGCCAUCUUCAGGCUGAAGAAGACCUGGGCUAAAGUCUGCAAACAGACCAAGUCUCUGAUGGACCGGCUGCAGAAGACGGUGUCAUCGGAGGGGAGGUUCAAGAAUCUGAGAGAGACGCUGAAAAACUGUAACCCUCCAUGUGUCCCGUACCUGGGGAUGUACCUCACGGACCUGGCUUUCAUUGAGGAGGGGACGCCCAACUUUACAGAGGAGGGUCUGGUUAACUUCUCCAAGAUGAGGAUGAUUUCUCACAUUAUCCGUGAGAUCCGUCAGUUCCAACAAGCACCUUACAGGAUAGAGCACCAACCCAAGGUGACUCAGUUCCUCCUGGAUAAGACUCUGGUGAUGGACGAGGACACCCUCUACGAGCUCUCCCUGAAGAUCGAGCCCCGAGUCCCGCCCGGUUAAUCGCACCUUCCUCUCAUCCUCACGAUGCACAUACUGUCAGUCUUACAAUGUCGACCGUGAACAAACACAACUUGAGGUUCUUCCUUAAAAAGCAGCGGCUGUUUCAGAAAACACCGCCGGUUAUUGUGCUCAGGAAACUCAGGAGAAGACGUGCCUUUGUAGAAAUAUCUGAUGAUGUGUAAAUAAUAUAUAAAGAGAAUGAGCUAAAUAACACACACACACACACACACACACACACACACACACAGAACUCUGCCAUAUGACUGUAGUAACAUCCAUUCCAGCUGAUGAACAUGGCAUUAGAAAGUAACCUGCUGCUGCUAUCAUGCUGUUGAUUCUGAUGAUUUUUUAUCAUGUUCACCGUUUUAAAAUCAUUUUAUUGAAGCUAACUUCUCAUGAUGAGUUUAUAUGAGAGGACGCCUGCACCACAGAGACAAUGCUCAUCAGAAGUGUUUGUUUUAGAAAGAGAGAAGCCGUCCUGCAGAGCGGUUAUUAUCAUGAAAAGGUCGCAGUGUGGUCGACUUACGUACAACUGGGUCGGUCUUAUUUCUCACGUUGGACUUACCUACGAAUUCUUAGACUGAAGCCUCGUUUAGACGAGAUCGGCCUCACUGAAAACUGAAAAAGUCUCCUUUGCAUUUCAAAAUAAAAGCCCUCUUCAUAUGAAAAUGUAAAGAAGUCCUGUAAGGUGAUCAUUUUUAUCCUGCGUGCAAAUAUGAAUUAUCUUGUCAGAGGAGUUAGUGCAUCAUAACUUGUGCAAGUUGUUUACAAAAUAGUAUCUUGUGCUGACAAGUUUAUUAUCUUGUACACACAAUAUAAUAACUUGGACCUCACAAGUAACUGUUGUGUUUGCAGGCGGUAUUAUCUUGUGUGCAUAACUUGAUUAUCUUGCGCACAACUGAAUUUUCUUGCACAUAAAAAGAAUUGUUCUCAUGGCUACAACUUCAUUAUCUUGCACACAUGCACAAGUUAAUAUCUUGUGCCCCAAAGCUUAUUAUCUUGCACACACAACAAAAUAAUCUUGCGUGCAAAACUUUGAUUUUCUUGCAUCAACAAAAAAUAUCUUAUGUGCACAACUUGAUUAUCUUGCACACGCAAUAUAUUUGUUAUAUCUUGUUCAACAUGUUAUUGUACACACAAGAUAACAUGUGCUAAAAAGUAACUGCUUUGUUUGGAACAAGUUAAUAUCUUGUACCCAAAGCUAAUUAUCAUGUGCACAUAACUAUAUUAUCUGGCGCACACAAAAAAAUGUUGUGCAAAACUUUGAUUUUCUUGCAUCAACAGAAAAACAUCAACUGGAUUAUCUUGCGCACACAAAAUAUAAAUUCUUGUUUCCACAGCUCUAUUUUUCUGCAUGCAAAAAAUAAUUGUGUAGGCACAACUGCACUAUCUUGUCCACAAACGAAAAAGUAUCUAGUGUGCACGACUUAGUUAUCUUGCGUGCACGACUUCAUUAUCUUGCAUACACAAGAUUUUUUUUUUAUCUUGUCCACAGUAUUAAAUUGUGCUAAAAAGUAAUUGCUUUGCUUGCACAAGUUAUCUUGUGCCAACCAGAUAAGUAUCUUGUGCAUCCAAGAUUAUUACAAUAUCACUAUCUUGCACACGCAAGAUUUUUUUAAUCUUAUCAUGCAAGUUAUUGUACACACACGGUACUGUUGAGCUCACAAGUAACUGCUUUGUUUUCACAAAAUCAUAUCUUGUGCCAACGAGUUACUAAUCUUGUGCGCACAAGAUUAUUAGUUUAGUUGGAUAGAAAUGACCACCUUUUUGGGACUUCAGGGCUUUUGCAAAAUUAAAAUGAUCAACCUUUUUCUUCAAAUGCUCUCAAUCAUUUUAUAUUUCCCUCUCCUGGCCCUCGUUAUCUCCUCAAGAUAAGGCACCAAGAGAGACACAGCAGUGGUCUCCAGGGUGAUGACCUCAUCCCUGUCCUCUUUAGACCACCUGACCUCCUAAGGGCUCUCUGGCGAUGUUAAACUGUGACGCCUCUGACUGUAUGUAAAGAUGGGCGAAGUGUCUCCUCCUCCUCCUGUCGUUUGACUCAUGUCCCAUCUGUUAACAAAGAGGAGGCGGGGCUUAUGAUCUAUACUGCAGCCUGCCACCAGAGGGAGCUCUUACUGUUUGGCUUCACUUUAAUGGAGCUGUUCUGUCACCCAUCUUUUUAUACAGUCUGUGGUGGAUGCAGGCAUCAUUAACUCUUCUGAAUGAAGCAGAAAAUAGAACACAUGUUGUUUUAAGAUCCUCUGAGGUUGAUUACAUAAUUUCUCUUUCUCUUGGUGAGCAUCGAAGCAGACAUUAAAUAUCUGGUCAGGUUUUACUUCAGCAGCUUUUUUAAAUCUUCGCUCCUCGUGAAGGUUUAGAUUUUUGUUUCUCGUUCACACGUUUCAGCAAAAAUUCCUCUUAGCUCAGUCAGAGUUUGACGAUGUGACCGAGACGUUUAUAUUCCGAUCAGAAGCUCGUUCUCUUUUCGUCAGAUAUGAGUCGUUUUGUAUAAAAAGUUCUGGUUUUGAACGAUCCUUUUUUUUCUGCUCUUUUUAAGACGGUUUGCCUCAAAGGUUUCUGACAUGCUCCAGAUUCUCCUUACAGUCUCAUUUCUCUCUGUGUUAUAAUUUGUUCCUUGUUUCUGUGACAUUAGCAUCAUAUUUAUAUUUAAACUAGUUUACUGUUUGAUUUAGAGCGAUGUUUUAACAGAAUGUCAUUCACUUGUUUUAGCAUGAAGAUAGCAUGAUGUCCUCUCCUGCAGGUUACUGUUAACCUCUUAGAUUACUGACUUUUAUUAACUUUACUCUUUUAUUCCGACUCUUUCCUGAUGUCAGGAAUCUUGAAUAUUAUCUGAGACCCUUAUUUCUUACAUUCCUGCAUACUUUGAAAUUACAGUUCUUCUGCUGUUGUAUUUUUCCAUGCAUUUCUCUGUGUAAUGUACAGAUAUUUACACAUUAAAGUGGAUCAAAUAUA